UGUGUGUGUGUGUGUGUGUGUGUGCGCGUGUGUGUGUAAUGUAUAUAAGUAUGUAUAAACUAUCUAAACCAGAUUAAUGGAAUAUUGCAACUCAAGAGAGAAAAAGUAAGGAAAAAAGAGAGAGCAAUAGAAAAUGGAGAAUGUAAACCAUUCUUCUUCUUCUUCUUCAGCAGAUGAUCAUGAUCAUCAUCAAAAACCUCCAAUUCUCCAUCCUCCUGCUGCUCCAAGAUCAAAAGCAGGAGGAUGGAAAGCUAUCAAAUACAUUUUGGGGAACGAGUCAUUCGAGAAAUUGGCUUCGAUGAGCUUGAUAGCUAAUAUUACAGUGUAUCUGAAUAAAAACUACAAUCUGAGUGGUAUAUUUCUGGUAAAUGUGAUCAAUACAUGGAAUGGUUUUUCCAACAUUUCAUCAUUAGCUGGUGCUUUUGUUUCUGAUACUUACUUGGGCAAGUUUCGUACCCUUCUUUUAGGCUCCAUAUCCUCGCUUCUGGGCAUGGGGACCCUGACGCUAACUGCAGGAAUACACCAGUUGAGACCCUCCAGUGUGUGCACUGAUAAAUCCCACUGUCCACAGCCCAAAAGUUGGCAGCUCUGUUUCCUUUUCACAGGUCUUGGUUUGUUAUCCCUCGGAGCAGGCGGAAUUAGACCCUGUAACAUUGCCUUUGGUGCUGAUCAAUUUGAUACCAAAACAGAGAAAGGAAGAGCUCAAUUGGAAAGCUUUUUUAAUUGGUGGUACUUCACUUUCACUGUUGCUCUUGUAAUAGCACUAACUGCUGUGGUCUACAUCCAGACUGAUGUCAGUUGGACUCUUGGAUUUGCCAUUCCCACAGCCUGCUUUGUUUUGUCCAUAACCAUUUUCUUGAUAGGUCGCCACACUUAUGUUUACGUGAAGCCUCAAGGCAGCAUAUUUUCAGACAUGGUGAAGGUGAUCACUGCUGCCUGUAGAAAGUACGGAGCCAGUACUGAAACUGGCUCUGAGAAACGCUUUUAUAAUCCUAACAUGGCUACUAGAUCUAAUACAGAUGCAGUAAAGCUUCCUCACACUGAUAGAUUUAAGUUCCUUGAUAAGGCUGCUAUUAUCAUUGACCCGAAUGAAUUAGACAUCCAAGGAAUGCCAAAGAAUGGUUGGAGAUUAUGCAGUCUUCAACAAGUGGAACAGUUGAAAUGCUUGGUAGCAAUUAUGCCUGUUUGGGUGACAGCAAUUGGUACUUUCUUGACCAUGGAUCAACAGAACACAUUUGGGGUCCUCCAAGCAUUGCAAAUGGAUAGAUCAAUUGGAAAACAUUUCGAUUUCCCACCAGGUUGGAUGAACAUCACAUCCAUGCUUACUCUUUCUGUAUGGAUCUACAUCUAUGAGCGCGUUUACAUCCCUCAGAUGAAAAAAAUGACCGGAGAAGGUAAAAGAUUGUCGACGAAAGUACGAAUCCUAAUUGGCAUUGUGAUGUCAAUCCUGUGCAUGUUGGUGGCUGGAAUUGUUGAAGAACAUCGCCGGAACUUAGCUUUGAAACAUGGAUCAUUCAUUUCACCAGCAAGUUUCGCAUUGCUGUUACCGCAGUUUUGCUUAUCCGGUUUGAAUGAAGCUUUUGCUGCAGUUGCCAUAAUGGAGUUCUUUACUAUGCAACUUCCAGAUAGUAUGAGGACAGUGGCAGGGGCAAUCUUCUUUCUUUCCUUAUCAAUUUCGAGCUACUUAGGCACAUUCAUUGUCAAUAUCAUCCACAAAGUAACAUCGAACAAGAGCGACCAAUUGCCAUGGUUGGGAGGUCAUGAUCUUAACAAGAUUAGGCUUGAUUAUUACUACUACUUCAUUGCUGCUCUGGGAGCUUUGAAUUUUGCAUAUUUCAAUUUCUAUGCAAGCAGAUAUGUGCUAAGGAACAAUUUUUCAGGUAGUGAGGGAGAAGAGGUGGUAUUAGAAAGGUCAGUUGCUUGCAAUUCAAGUAAUAACAUGUCUGAUGAAUGCAAUAUUACAAUAGAUAAGGAAAAAGGAUUGGAGAGGCAUAUUGGCAGUAAUGUGUAAUCAGCAGCUUCUAUAAAUUCGAUGAAUUCAUGAAAAUCAAAAUUUGUCAUUAUUUCUACAUAAGGUGCUGAUCAGUUUUCCCAUUCCAAUGUGAAUAUUUAACAUUAAUUUAUAAUUUUAAUUAGUUAAGCUUUGCUUAAUUUCUUAGAUGAACAUAAACUUCUAUAGACCUCAGUGAGCUUGCAAGACAAAUAAAAUCUUGGCUAUUUCCACUUACUAGUU